UAUGGAAGCUGUGGAAGUCAUCACCACCACCACAAUCAAAUCCAUUUAACUGCAUUUGAUCUUCCAUUUCUCACAGUUGAACCCAUCCAAAAAGGUCUUCUUUUUCGCAACCCAAAGACAAAAGUUCAAAUAAAUCAUCUUCAACACUCACUUUCCUCCACUCUUGCCUUCUUUCCUCCCAUCACUGGUUGUCUCGUCAUACUCCAACAUCACGACAACAUUGUCUCAACCCACAUCGUAUGCAACAACGCUGGAGUCCUCUUCGUCCACGCCGUUUCACCCAACACCACUAUCGCUCACAUCCUUCAACCCAAAUACAAUCCUCCCAUCAUUCGCUCCUUCUUUCCACUCAACGGCGUUAAAAACUACGAGGGCACGUCACAGCCAUUGCUGGCAGUGCAGGUGACGGAGCUACUUACGGCAGAGGCCAACACAGACAAGAUAUCUUCUCUGCAAGCGCUUUUAACUCUACUUUGGCGCUGUGUGAUUCGUUGCCGACAAGUGGAGCCUGAAGAAGAGGUGGGUUACGUACUUCUGGUUGGCGUUGGGCCGAGGAUGGUUCCACCACUGGCAGAGGGUUAUUUUGGAAACUCAGUUAUGGUAGCUAGUGUUGUGAGCAUGAAAGCCGGGGAACUAUUGGAGGGUGGUCUUGGGAAGGGUGCUCUGGAGAUGAACAAGAUGGUUGCUUUGCACUCUCAUGAGAGGGUAAAGAACUACUAUGAGUCUUGGGUGAGAAAUCCAAGGCUGUUUGGCUCGUUAUUCAGUGGUUCACUGGUCACCAGCAGCUCUCCGAGGUUCAACCUUUACGGUAACGAUUUUGGGUGGGGAAAGCCCUUGGCGGUAAGAAGUGGCAGCGCAAAUAAGAUUCGCGGAAAGAUUAGUGUGUUUGGAGGCGCUGAAGAAGGUUCUAUCGACAUUGAAGUGUGCCUUCCUUUUGAGAUUUUGGAGGCAAUGGGAAAUCACCCUGACUUCAUGGACGCCGUUUCCAGCUAGCUAUUCUAGGUACAACACAAGAUCCUUACAAGUCCACUUUUAGUCAGAUCCCAUGAUUGUAAGUUGCAUAAGCAAAUUAGGUAACAAUAAUCAUGACUUAUUUUAA